CUCCGCGGCGGCUCAGACACCUGAAGGGACAGAGGCGGGCGCGGGAGCCCCGACAGGCAGCAGCGGAGGAGCGCGGCGGUCAGCCCGACGCAUGGCCCCCCCGUGAGGGGCCGGACCCACGGACUGGGACCCGGAGCGAAUUGCAAGGUAAAACCCGAACCCUGGUCAGAUCCAUCGCCCAGCCUGCUCCACAUCUGACCUACGCAGCUGGAUGGGGCUGGGAAAAACCUCUACCCCAUCUGGUCUUACUUUAAGAUCAAAACCGUGAACUUCAGGUCUAGUGGAGUCCCAGGAGCGGCCGGCACGGGGUAGAAGCAGCGUCUGGCAUGGAGGAGGAUAAGCUCCCAUCUGGGCUGCCUGAGGAAGAUGGAGCCACCUGGGACCCCAGCCUGGAGCCUGGGGAGGAGUCCGGGGUCCAGAAUGGAGCGGUGGCCAGUGUGGACCUGAACGGCAGCCUCAGCAGCCCAGGGCAUGAGCUAAGGGGCACCCUGGCGGACACCGAGGAGCCCAUAAAGAGCCCGGACAUGGCCCUCCAUCGCCUCAGCCUUGGCCUCUCUCUCACCAAUGGCCUAGCCCUGGGGCCAGACUCGGACAUUCUUGAAGAUUCCACAGAGCCCAGGCCCUGGAGGGCUGGCGGGCUGGCUGAAGGAGAUGACGCCCCCGGGGGCCUUUGUCCGGACACGGAGGACCCUCAGCUAGAGCUGGAUGGUCCCGGGGAGCCAGAUGUCCGGGACGGCUUCAGCGCCACGUUUGAGAAGAUCGUGGAGUCGGAGCUGCUGCGGGGCACCCAGUACAGCAGCCUCGACUCCCUAGAUGUGUUGAGCCUCACGGACGAGAGUGACAGCUGCGUCAGCUUCGAGGCCCCCCUCACACCCCUCAUCCAGCAGCGGGCCCGUGACAGCCCUGAGCCAGGGGCUUCCCUGGGCACUGGCAGCGUGGGGCCCGAGGGGGACGUGGGAGCAGCUGGCGGUGAUGGGGAGCUGGGCAGCCCCUUGCGGCGAUCCAUCUCCAGCAGCCGCUCGGAGAAUGUCCUGAGCCGCCUGUCUCUCACUGCCGUGCCCAAUGGCUUCCAUGAAGAUGGACCCCAGGGCCCAGGCGGGGAUGAGGAGGAGGAAGAGGAGGAGGACACGGACAAGUUGCUGAACUCGGCCAGUGACCCCAGCCUAAAGGAUGGCCUGUCUGAUUCGGACUCGGAGCUGAGCAGCUCAGAGGGGCUGGAGCCCAGCAACACAGACGCACUGGCCAAUGGGUGCCAGGGGGUCAGCGAGGCUGCCCGCCGGCUGGCUCGCCGCCUCUACCACCUCGAGGGCUUCCAGCGCUGUGACGUCGCCCGGCAGCUGGGCAAGAACAACGAGUUCAGCAGGCUGGUGGCCGGGGAGUACCUCAGCUUCUUCGACUUCUCGGGCCUGACUCUGGACCGAGCGCUCAGAACCUUCCUGAAGGCCUUCCCGCUGAUGGGGGAGACGCAGGAGCGAGAGCGGGUCCUCACUCACUUCUCCCGGCGGUACUGCCAGUGCAACCCCGAUGACAGCACUUCGGAAGAUGGCAUCCACACGCUCACCUGUGCCCUGAUGCUGCUCAACACGGACCUGCACGGACACAACAUCGGCAAGAAGAUGUCCUGCCAGCAGUUCAUUGCCAACUUGGACCAGCUGAAUGAUGGCCAAGACUUUUCCAAAGACCUGCUGAAGACCCUUUACAACUCCAUCAAGAAUGAAAAGCUGGAGUGGGCCAUUGAUGAGGAUGAACUGAGGAAAUCCCUGUCAGAGCUGGUGGAUGACAAGUUUGGGACCGGCACAAAGAAGGUGACGCGGAUCCUGGAUGGUGGCAACCCCUUCCUGGAUGUCCCACAGGCUCUCAGCGCUACCACCUACAAGCACGGUGUGCUGACUCGGAAGACUCAUGCCGACAUGGAUGGCAAGAGGACGCCCCGUGGGAGGCGUGGCUGGAAGAAAUUCUAUGCGGUGCUCAAAGGGACCAUCCUGUACCUGCAGAAGGAUGAGUACAGGCCUGACAAAGCUCUGUCUGAGGGUGACCUGAAGAAUGCCAUUCGCGUGCACCAUGCUCUGGCCACCAGGGCCUCUGACUACAGCAAGAAGUCCAACGUGCUCAAACUGAAGACAGCCGACUGGAGGGUCUUCCUGUUCCAGGCACCGAGCAAAGAAGAAAUGCUGUCCUGGAUCCUGAGGAUCAACCUGGUGGCUGCCAUCUUCUCAGCGCCAGCCUUCCCAGCGGCUGUCAGCUCCAUGAAGAAGUUCUGCCGGCCCCUGCUGCCCUCCUGCAGCACUCGCCUCUGCCAGGAGGAGCAGCUGCGUUCGCAUGAGAAUAAGCUGAGGCAGGUGACCGCAGAACUGGCUGAGCACAGGAGUCACCCGGUGGAGAGGGGCCACAAGUCCAAGGAGGCGGAGGAGAGCCGGCUGAAGGAGCACUAUCUCACGUUUGAGAAAAGCCGUUACGAGACCUACAUCCACCUCCUGGCUAUGAAAAUCAAAGUGGGCUCAGACGACCUGGAGCGGAUUGAGGUCCGGCUGGCCGCCCUGGAAGGGGAUGACCCUUCCCUCCGAAAGACACACUCAAGCCCUGCGCUCAGCCAGGGCCACGGAACUGUGACUGGCAGCAAAGCCACAAAGGAUACCAGUGGAACUGAUACUUAGUCGGCAUGGAUGGGCAGGCCCCGGAGGCAGGCAAAUAAUGCCCUGGAGGGGUCAGAGAGCACAAUUCCAGCCAGGGGCCACUCGGACCAGCUCCAUGCAGUAGACCGGCAGCCAGAGGGGUGUGGAGAGCCCUGUGGGCCGAGGAGAUGGAGGUGUCCUUUAUGGCAUUGGUUUUGCAUCCUGGGGCUUCUCUGGACCUCAGACCCUCUUGCUGGCCCUUGAAUCCCUGUUCACCGUGGAGCCCAAUUGUAUAGGCCGGUUGUGUGCAUGCUCUAGACACCAUCUCACUGGUGAAGCAGAGAGGACAGUGGACUUCUCAGGCCCUCGUCUUCUUAGGAGUUCUUCCCUCAUCUCCCUUGUUUCCGAGGGCAGGUCUUGACUCCAGGUCUCAGCUUGGACUCCCGCCCUUUGUCCUCCUCCUUCCUCUGAACUGACCAGCAGCAGGUCUGCAGACCACCAGCACUGUCUGCUCGCCCUCCACUCAGCAACCUCUGGAAUCACGCCUGUUCUCCCUGUGUCACAUCGCAGUGACCCAGGACCCUCCGUGCCAAGCUGUCGCAGCCCAUGCGUGCAUCGCCUCACCUUCCAUCCAUUGAGGCCACUACUGCUUUCUUUUAUAUGAACAGAAAUGUGUAUAUAUAUAUAUAGGAAUUAUAUAUAUAUGGACUCCCUUUAAAGAUGGUUUUGGAGCUGUGAUAUCAGUUGGAGGAUGAAAUAAGGUGAAGGAAGAGCCUCUCAGGGCUGCAACCUGACCGUCUCGUGGCCCUGGCACCCUGGGAGGGAAGGCAGAGAUAGUGCUGACCUCCUCUCCAUUUUUCCCCUCUUCCGGCUGACCUGUGACUUACGUUGCUCUUACAGUUGAUGUUUUGGAAUAAAUAGACAGUGUGUGUGUGCACCACCCCAUCUGUCCCGCAAGCAUCAUGGUGUGAGUGGGAUGGGACCGGGGCUCUGUUUAUUUUCUGGUCUUUAUGUUGGUGCUGCCGGGUCUCUGAGCCCCAGAGGUGGCCUCUUGUUAAGAUCUACUGUUACAGGAAUAAGAGACGCUCUGCCUUGCAAAUAGCCACCUGUCAACAAGCCCAAAGAUGUUUGUUUGGUCGGGGAAGGUUAUGGAAGCCCUUAAUCCUCAGUCUUGGGAAAAGGCGAAAUGACAAGUUGCUGCUUGUUUUUUAGGUCAAUAUUUCUUUCGUUCUUCUAGUGACUUUGAAAUGCUAGCUAAGGACAUGUCUGGGAAGAAAGAGAAACUUGCCACACGAUGAUCACAGACCAGCACCCGUUAAACCCUGCAUCCCUCAGACCGUUGGUGGGGCGAAGGCACCCUCGGUGCGGCUGUGAUGAGCGGGUCCUUUCUGUUUCCUAAAUAGAGCACCAUAGUUUGGCCAGCAAUUUGACCUCACCGGUAACAUGCUUAGUUAAUAAGUCAACUUGCGACUAAGUACUCAGCAUUUACAAGCCCACUCACAUUUGAUGCAGGGGACAUGUGAGUCUAUGGAGAGGUGCAGUGAUUUAAAUCCAGAUUACUUAAUUUGGAUCCAUUGAAGUAUAUUUGAUAUUUGAACCAUCUGGCCCCUUCAUUUUGCUGAGGGGAAUUAAAAGGUCAUUUAAGUGAAAUUGAAAGAGCCGUGUGGCAACAUAAAGAACUGUCUGUACUUUCUCCACGCUGUCUCAAAGUUCAUUUGAUUUUUGGGGUCAGCUUCCCAUUGUCCAUCUCCUGAGGGCAGGUGAGUGGGAGCAGAAAAACAAGCCCUGUCCGCUGCAGGCAGUUGUGCCUCCCAUCAGUAAAAAAAAAAUUUUAGUUCACUUUCUUAAUUGUAUCAUUAUUUAUUGUAAAUUAUAUACAUGUACUACUGUACUAAAAUAUUAUGUACAUUAUAAAACAUACACAAAAAUAGAAAUUUA